GUGAUAUUGUUUUUGAGACUGGCUUAGUCGCCAUCCAGAACGUCUACCAACAACAUCACCAUGAUACCGCAGGUAUCAUCAUUAUGUGUGCUUCUUUUAAUCGCCGGAUCUUGUUGGGCGGAUCAACAACAACAACAACUAGGAAUUCCUAGUUCUCUCGACGCCGAGUCCAUCAAUGACCUGGCCAAAAAGCCAGUGAAACUGGAUCCAAAGUUACGUAAAGCUUUGCUUAAAGUACUCAAUCGCUUAGAAGAAGAAGACAGAGUAACUGAAGUAAAACUGGCGGAAGUCGAAUCACAACAAUUCCAAAAACAGCAACAACAGUUUCAACAACAGCAACAACAAUUUCAACAACAAUUCGAACAACAGCAGCAACAACUAAGACAAAGGCAGCAACAGCAACGGAAACAAAUACGAAUUCUAGAUCAACAGCAAAUACAAAUACUAGGGCAACAGCAAAUACAGUUACAAGAUCAACAGAAAAAACAGUUACAGGAUCAAGAGCAGAAACUGGAGCUAUUACAGGACCAAGAGCUAAGACUGGAGAAUUCGCAAGACUUACAACAGCGACAGAACCACCUACAACCGCAACUGCAUUUUAACGUGCAAGAGCCGACAGAACAGACAAAACAAGAACGUCAAAACUUUACACCGUCUCAGACACCGACAGUGGCGUUGCCCACUUCGACGAUAGCGUUUACCACUCCAACCGAAGUAUUUCAGCCUACUCCGACGGCAGCGUUUCCCACUUCAGCCUCGCCCAAGACGGCGGCAGUGACGUUAGCUACGUCCACGUCGUCAGGCUUAUUACCCACGCUGUCGCCGACGCCCAAUUCACUCGCGGCCACUAAGUCCGUAUCGAUCGUUAAUGACGACGUGGAAAAGACACCAAACAAUGUUCUACGUACGACAUCGCCGGGCACGUCCGUCGCACCAUCUACAGACACCGGCACAGUAGUUGACUUUUUUGAGGCGCCUUUGCUGACAGCGUUUACUGUGCAACAGGACUCUGCGGGCGUCCCGCGGCGUGUCAUACCCAUUUUCACGGAACCAGGACAGCUAGAGAGGCAGAAGAUACUGGCUUUGGAAACCCGGGCAGAAUCAGGCAAUGGUGGAGACCGGAAUACUGUCGAACCGGACAGGAACGAACUGGACUUUCUGAAAAGCGUUGAGUUAUCUAAACAACAGGUACCGUCGCGGGAAGAACUGCAGCAGCAAGAGUCGUUCGCCUUGCAACAACAGUUGAGGUUCCAACAACAACUACAGCAAAGGGCGGUGCUCGAGGAACAACAGCGCCGGCAACAAAUCGCCCAACAACGGCAGCAACAACAACAGCAAUUGCAACAACAACAACAGCAGCAACAACAACAACAACAACAACUACAACAACAACAACAACAGCAGCAGCAGCAACAACAACAACGACGACAGCAGCAGCAACAGCAACAGCAACGUCAGCAGCAGCAGCAACAGCAACUGCAGCAGCAACAACAGCAACUGCAGCAGCAACAACAACAGCAAUUGCUACAGCAACAAAGGACAGUGGUAUUUCAGCCACAGCAACAGCAGCAACUGCAGUUGCAACCUGUCCAAGUGCAGCCGCAACAGCAACUGCAGUUGCAACCUGUCCAAGUGCAGCCGCAACAGCAACCCAUCCGAUUUGUGCAACAACAGCGAUCGCAGUUCGGUGACGGUCCGUUGACGCUUCUUCCGCAGUUUAUCCAACAACAGCAGCAGCAGGCACGAGUGCUUAGGCAACCACAAUCGCAGUCUUUCGGUUACGGGUUGUCAGUACCCAGACUUCCGGGAGAUCUGGACGUAGUAUACAAGGUGCUAGCUUUGAACCACGAGGGCAGAAACAACAAUGUGGUCGGACCUCAGCCGUUGUUGUUCUGAUCAGCGAUUAGUGUCGUAAUGUUAUCGUUAUUUUAUCAUCCCCUAAGUAUUAUUGUUUUUGUUUUUAAAAAUAUUUUUAGUCGAGUCGCGUUUGUCCCACACCGCUUGCAGAACCGGACCCAGAAUGAGAAUAUUUAACAAUGACGUAACGUUCUAUAAUAGCACAAACUCAUUAUUUAAUAUUAUUAUUUUCUAAAGCAUUUCGAACCUAUUAUGAUACAAAAUUAUAAUAUUAUUAUCGUACAAACGUGAUUUUUGUUUAUAGCUGUCCAGAACAUUUUACUUUUUUACGGGCAUUAUUUCCUUUUCUUUACGCACAUCAAAUGUUUUUUUUUUUUUUAAUAAUUUGAUAAAGACUUAUUGCCUAUAUUUUAUUAUUUUCUUUGUCGACCAUCAUAACCGGGCGAACUAUAAAAUAUAUUAUAUUAUUAUAUAUGUUGAUAGUAAUAGUAAGAUAAUUAUUAUAAUAUUUUUAAUGUGUAUUCGUGUUUUUAUAUAUCGUAUAUUUUAUACUU